CACUUAUGAAUUGUGUUCUUUCAUUGGAUCCUAAGGAAGAGAAAGAAGACGAUUCUGUCCUCCCUCAGGACGUUUCCAUCGCUGCAACUAGACCUAGCCGAGGCUGGCGCAGUAGUAGCAGGACAUCUGUCUCUCGCCAUCGUGACACAGAGAACACCCGGAGCUCUCGGUCUAAAACUGGUUCAUUGCAGCUCAUCUGCAAGUCAGAACCAAAUACAGAUCAGCUUGAUUAUGAUGUGGGAGAAGAGCAUCAGUCUCCAGGUGGCAUUAGUAGUGAGGAGGAAGAGGAGGAAGAAGAGAUGUUAAUCAGUGAAGAGGAGAUACCGUUCAAAGAUGACCCACGAGAUGAGACCUACAAACCCCACUUAGAAAGGGAAACCCCAAAGCCACGGAGAAAAUCAGGGAAGGUGAAAGAAGAGAAAGAGAAGAAGGAAAUUAAAGUGGAAGUGGAGGUAGAAGUGAAAGAAGAAGAGAAUGAAAUUAGGGAGGAUGAGGAACCGCCUAGGAAGAGAGGAAGGAGACGAAAAGAUGACAAAAGUCCACGUUUACCCAAAAGGAGAAAAAAGCCUCCUAUCCAAUAUGUUCGUUGUGAGAUGGAAGGAUGUGGAACUGUUCUUGCUCACCCUCGCUAUUUGCAGCACCACAUUAAAUAUCAACAUUUGCUGAAGAAGAAAUAUGUAUGUCCUCAUCCCUCCUGUGGACGACUCUUCAGGCUCCAGAAGCAACUUCUGCGACAUGCCAAACAUCAUACAGAUCAAAGGGAUUAUAUCUGUGAAUAUUGUGCUCGGGCCUUCAAGAGUUCCCACAAUCUGGCAGUGCACCGGAUGAUUCACACUGGCGAGAAGCCAUUACAAUGUGAGAUCUGUGGAUUUACUUGUCGACAAAAGGCAUCCCUUAAUUGGCACAUGAAGAAGCAUGAUGCAGACUCCUUCUAUCAGUUUUCUUGCAAUAUCUGUGGCAAAAAAUUUGAGAAGAAGGACAGUGUAGUGGCACACAAAGCAAAAAGCCACCCUGAGGUGCUGAUUGCAGAAGCUCUGGCUGCCAAUGCAGGCGCCCUCAUCACCAGCACAGAUAUCUUGGGCACUAACCCAGAGUCCCUGACACAGCCUGCAGAUGGUCAGGGUCUUCCCCUUCUUCCUGAGCCCUUGGGAAACUCAACCUCUGGAGAGUGCCUACUGUUAGAAGCUGAAGGGAUGUCAAAGUCAUACUGCAGUGGGACGGAACGGGUGAGCCUGAUGGCUGAUGGGAAGAUCUUUGUGGGAAGCGGCAGCAGUGGGGGCACUGAAGGGCUGGUCAUGAACUCGGAUAUACUCGGUGCUACCACAGAGGUUCUGAUUGAAGAUUCAGACUCUACUGGACCCUAGUGGAAGGGAAGACUUGGGGCACUGGGACAGCUCAGAUUUGUAUUUAAAAGUUAAAAAGGACAAAAAAAAGUUUAAAGCAUUUAAAAUCUAGUAAAUAACUGAAGGGCCUGCUCUUUCCAUUGUGGAUCCCAGCACACACAUACACACACACCCAUCCCCAUUCCCUAUUCUCCCUUCAUUGUUCCUCCUAUAAAAUUGAUGCUGUCUUUACCAGAAAGGUAGACAAAAAAGAAGCAGCAGCAGCUCUUAAAGUGCGUUAUCCUCAUAUUCAGUUCCAGCCAUCAGCAAACUUCCUGCUUAUCAGCAGAUCCCCUUUUCAACCUGUAACUCUGAUGUGCUCUGGAUCAGCUUUUAACUCUUAAUAGUAUAUUACUGUCUUCUAAAUCCCUUCUCCUCUACUGCUGCCCUAUGGUUCUGGCUUCUAUCCACUGUAGCACACUUAUCCUCAAAUGUCUUAUAAUUCUAAUCCCCAGAGGCUGGCAGCUUAACUUGGCACUUUAGGGCCCCUUAGCAGGGUGAGCUGUUAAAACAGCACACAUCUCUUACCCCUCUUCCUCCAUUCCCCACUGGGUUCUGGAAAGGAAGGAUACAUGGGGACCACCUCCCUCCUCUUUGAUCCCAGCAUCUCAGUCCCCCUCCCAACCCUCCAUAUGGCUCUCAAUGGUGCUCACUUGCUUGGAAGCAGGCUCCCAAGAGGGAGGGGGCUGCCCACUACACAGUCUCUUUGACUGUAAGACAGGGCUCUGUAUCAAUGAGAUGGUGAGAAAAGUCCCAGGCUAAUGGCAGAAAUUUGCACUUUGAACAUGUGUGUUUUUGUGUUGUGGAACCUGAGAUUCCUUAUUUAUUAACAGAAAGUUUGAUUUUUUUUUUUUUCCUUUUUUCUUUUUGGUCUUUUUGCUAUAUUUUGUGGGGCUGGAAGAGAUUAGGUUAUUCUGACAUAGGAUCCUUUCCAUAAGAGGUACUUUGAAGGCAUGACAUAGGGUUGUAGAAGCACAGCCAGCCUCUAAAAUCUUAGCUCUCCAGUGGCCUUUAAAGAAAGCUGGUCCUCAGCACUAACAAAAUCACUACAAUAGCCUAGUGCUUUUUUGGAAGCCUUUUUAGGGAAGGAUAUUAAGUUUGUGGAAACUAGUGUGCUCUUUAAGAUUUUUUAGAGCAUUGGGAUUUAGGAACUUUGAGAGGAUGAAGAGAAUUGUUCAGGAUCUGAAUUACAGUUAAAGAAUUUUUUCUUGUGAAUUUAUUUUCUGGGUUUUUUUUGUUUUGUUUGGUUUUGGUCCCCAUUUCCUUAGAUACACUUCCCUAUUGGCCCAAAAUGGCUCCUUGCUUCAUUUUUGUUUCUUGCUUUGCUUUAUCAUUGGUUCAUUCCAGCUCCCUAUUAGUGAAGGACACUGCCGUUAGUGAAGGAACAAAGUCUAUGAGUCCUAAAGUUUUAAGUCAAAGAAAACUGCUCUGUUUCGCUUUUAGUAACACUUCAGAAGAGGAAGGGCUUCAAUAGACAAAGUUAAUAAUCUGUAUAAUAAUGGCUUUGGCUUUCACCUGAAAUUCUGGGAAUCACUACUUUCUUUGGGAUAGGGAUUUUAAUGGUGUGUGGAUUGAUUAUUACUGUCCAUGGGAGAGACAGUGUUUUUGUUCAUAACUCCUAGAAGCCUAAAGACCUAUUUGUCUCAUUUUUAGAGAAUUGGAAGAGCAAUUCGUAUCCUUCUGUGUACCUCAGAAGCUGGAAUUGAAGGCUUACUCUAUUCAUUGUUUAUUGUCAGAAAUGUAUGAUAGCUGUUGGAAAGAAUGAAGUUUUGCUGAAAACAAAAUAAGGAACAGCUUGUUUUUCACAAACACUAAAACUGCAAAGUUUAUCAAUCCUCUCAUUCCCCCCAAAGAGAGGUGACAAAAUGUCAUCUCUGAAAGAGGCUUACUUUACACCCACUAGUGUCAGUGGUUGGGAUGCCAGAGAAUUGGGAGUGAAACACCUACAGUGAACAAUCUUAGAUGCACUAUUGUUUCUUUUCAGAAUAUUGCAGAUUUGCUGUCCCUACAAUGUGGGGGAAGAAAAUGGAAAAGGAAAGAAGGGAUGUAGAAUAUGCUUUCCCGCCCACAGUAAGGGUUUAGAUGUGACUUUGGUAUGUUGAGUCGAUCUGCAAUAUUGUAAGAUUGAUUGACUGGGUCUGCAACAAAAUUGUUCUACUCCAUUUUAUACUAUUUUGCCAUCUAACAUCUGUAUGUCACACUUAGCUUUUGUUUUUGUCACACGUAUCCUUUGUUUUCAUAAAUUUCGUUUGCAGUUGGUUAGUCAUCAGAUGUUUUAGCUACCUACACAUACGCAAACUGCAUUUUUAAAAAUCUUAUUUUUCUGAGAUGAGGGAAAAUAUGUUCUUCCCUAGACCAGUCUCCCCUUCCCUGCAAAAGCCAUCUAGUUAGUUCUACUAAUUAGAAACUUUCUGUUCUUUUCUUUCUUUCCUUUUCUGGGGGCCAGGGGGUUCCUCUUCAUAGCCACCAUUUGCCUACAAUAAAUUACUGUAGCAGUUUGCAAUACAUUCUGAAAUACUUUUCGUAGACAUUAUAUUUUUCCUUUUGAGAAAGGAGUGCUAACAUUGUGGAGAGUUGGUAUAAGUAAACUAUCCAAGCCCUUUUCCCAUUUUCCUUUCUAUUCCGCAUGCUUUUUAUUUCAUCAUCCUUCCAAGGAGCUCUUUGAGUCUUAAAAUUCUGUAUUUCAUACUUAGUCAGAUUAUUACCUUUUCAGUAAUUUCUAUCUUGAAUUGACAAUUCUAAAUUCUGAAAAUGUAGGUAAGAUAAAACUAUUUGAUAUUUCUGGAAGAUGUGCUUCCCUCUUGUUUGUGGUUGCCCAGAGUUAUUUUGCAUAAUUGAAGCUGCUUAAUAUGCUUCAGAGAGUUUAGACAAACUGGCCAUGGGAGUACUCAGAGUAAAAUAAAAUUAAGGUAUAGAAAAGCAUCCACAUAGAGCACUUGAACCUCCUUUGUACUUGUUUGGGGAGAAAAUAUAGAAUAUACUACCAACCUAACUAAGGUUAUUGCAGUCUGGUGAUUUGAAAUACCAUUUUUUCAUUCUUUUGUCUUUUUCCCACUUUUCAAUGUACUCAAGAAAAUUGAAAAAAUGUAAUGGAUCGAUUUAAAAUAUUUUAUUUCCUAAAAGCCUUUUUUGCCUGUUGUAAUGUGCAGGACCCUUCUCCUUUGAUGGGAGAGACAGGUAGUUACCUGAAUCUAGGUUGAAAAGGUUAUGUAAAAAGAAAUUAUAAUAAAAGGGAUACUUUGCUUUUCAAAUUCUUGUUUUCUCUUAAUCUAGGUAAGGCAUAUUCAAAAUAAAUAUGUAAAGAAGAAAAAUAAAAGUCUUCACGGAA